AUGGAUCGCCAGGCCGAGAACGUUCCUUCCCAGACAAGCUUCGUCCUCUCCACCCAAUUCCCGUGUCCUCCCAGUGGCCAGAACAGAGGCAGCAUGCCGCCUCCUCGUCGGAGCUCAUUGCCACCCCUUCCCCCAAAGAGACCAACAACAACAACAACCACACGUCAUCAGCAAAUCGGGUUGCAGAAUUUCAACCCCGGACCAAGGCUCCUCCCCCCUCAGUCGCCUGUCUUCCGCUCAUGGACCCCCAUGAGUAGUCCUGCACCGUCAUCGUCGUUCCAGUACCUUCAGUCAGCGCCGCCGGUGGCUUACCACAACGCGGCGUUGCCUCCGAGGCCCCCAACCACCUCCGUCAGUGCUCGCGGAAGUGCCUACAGCGGUAACGACUCAGCUGUUUUCCCCUCUAUGGAUGCUAUGAAGAUGAUCUAUCCGGAGCCCAUAGAGAUGCCCGUUGGCGUGAACUAUUCAAAGGAAGGCCAUGGGGAACCAGCCGGUUUCAUGGACGAGCAAGUCUACAUGGACCUGGAUGAGAUUUUUGAUUUUUCUACUAAGGAUGAUGACGUGGCGAGAAUCGGUAGCGGAUCUUCUGAGAAUAACAAGAGAAACGCGGGUGUAAAGAAAAGAGCAGCACCUUCGAGAAAAACGAGAAGGAAGAGUGUUUCACCAUCAGUGGAUUGCAAUAACCUCAACAAUUGGAAGUCCAGCGUGGCGAUUGAAAAAGGGAUGUUUACUGAAUCUCAAAUGAAUGAGAUUGCGCGCUCCAAGACACUCCAAAAAUACGUUGUAACUGAUCCUAAGUAUGCCAAAAGGAUGUUGUCAAACCGGGUAGGAGCACGACGUUCAGUCAAGAGGACGGCGCAGCACAUUUUAAAUUUGGAAGAAAAGGUACAAACUCUUGAGAAAGAGGGUGCUACACUAACUGUCCAUACCAGCUUUGCGGAGAAAAAGAAAUUGGGCCUGGAAGAGGAGAACAAGCAGCUAAGGAUUCGUCUUAAAGAAAUCCAGGACCAGUCCAAACGUGCUAAUGCCUCGAAGGAAUGUAACAAUGAAGAAAUCAAUUGGGUGAAGCAGAAGGGAGCAGAAGAGGUAUUCCCAGACUGGGAUACGACAAUGGACGAAUUCUUGUUGGAGCAACUGAACGAGUUAAAUGAGGAGCCGGAGACGAACUAUUAG